CCGGCCGGGACGAGCGGGCGGGACGGGGCUGCGGCGCUGAGGCACCAUCCAAGGACUCUUGUGGAGCCCACUAGCUGCUUACAGGAGCUGAGCAUAUCUCAAGGUGCCUUUCAAGCAGAGGAAGCAGCACAGGCAGCCUACUCAGGAGCUGACAUGCAGCAGAAGAUCAGCUCUUUCUUUAAUUCCAUCUUGGAGCUCAUCCGUACCAAGCAUGAAGAAGGCGUCUUCAACACCGUCUGCUUGGCCGUGCUCCUGGGUCUGCCCUUUGUUGUCCUCCUGGCCUUCAUUUUCAUCUGCUGCCACUGCUGCUUCUGCAGAAGGAGGGGAGGAAGCACAGGGAAAGGUGGCUCCAGCAGCAAUGGGCAGCUGCAUGCUGACAGGAACAAGAAGAAAAAGAAGAAGAAGAAGAAGCAGGAUGAGGAGGACCUGUGGAUUUCAGCUCAGCCCAAGCUGCUCUUGCUGGACAAGAGACCCUCCUUGCCCAUCUAGCAGACAGAAGGGUGUUCAGGUCCUCUCCUCUGAGAUGCCACCAUUCCUUUCACGUGUGCACCAGGAGGGGCGAGGAGAUACCAAAGCUGCUGCCACUUUGUGGUGACUUUCGACAGAGGCUGACCCCAGCAUGCUGAAGGGCCAACAGGGAACAAGGCACAGGCUGUGCAAGCCUCUUCUCCCCCACCAUGACAGCAUGGCCCAGGGCACAGACCCCUGCAAAGGACAGGUGAGCACACAAGGGUGACCUGCCUCCAGGUCCUGUGUCCCUCCUGCCACAAGCACAGUGCACACCCGUGGGGCUGGCACACAGCGAAGGGUGUGCCAGGCUCUCCCUCUGCACUCAGCUGCCAGCACACACACAGGGGUGCACAGGACAAUGCUCACCCACCUGCACGUUCCCCCUGCACAGCACAGACUGCUGUGAAUGAAGCAGGCACAGCCACACCUCCUUUGCUUGCCCUGCCAUGGGGGUGGCACAGCUUCACUGUCCAGGCUCCGUCCAAACCCAGCUUGCUUUAUGGGCUCAAGGCUGAGUUACCCCACAGCUCGAAGAUGUGCCAUCUACCAGGCCACCAAACCAAAGUCUCCUGUGAGCACCUGAAGCUAGAUGCCCUCAGCACAACCUUAGAGACCUCAGACACCAUGCUAAGGCAGCACAGCAGAAGGAUGCCUUGCCAUCUAGGCUAGAGGCAGGCAGGAGGGAAGAGGCUGCCAGACCGGCCCUUUUGCACCAGCACUUAAGAAAACACCUUCCUUGAAAGACUCUUUUGUACAAACUUGCCAUUAAAGAGCUCACCAUGCUACUGCAAGAGCAGAAACACAACCUGAGGCUGUGUAAAAGCUUUGCUAUGGGCAUUAGAGUUAUUUAUUGAAUGACUACUAAAGAAGAGCAGGACCAAAGGCCCCUCUGGAGCAGGGCCAGGGACAUGGAAGCAGUAUUGAAGCAGUGGACAUGGUUUCCUGGCACACUCCGCCAUCACCUCUCCCCGCAGCCCUUGUGCCAUGUGUCAGACACACAGACCCAUGAGCAGGUACUGCCCCAGCUGAUGCCAGCUCUGUGUGCUGCACUGAACAUUUCUGGAUGCCUGUCAGACUGACCAGCUCUGGGACUUUGAAUCUGCUGUAGAAGCAAAGUAAAUUCCACGUGCAGUCAUCCCUUACACAGGAUACAUUAUACAGGCAGACCAUGCACCUCUCUCUGUCCUCAUGUUCUGGAAAGAUGGUUCAGCUGGGCACAGCAGCUAACAGGACCACACACAGCUCUCAUCCCUUCUCUGCUUCCCACCUGCCCCACCCUGGCUUGUGUUCCCAUCCUAUGUCCCUUGAGCUGAGAGUCUCCUGUGCUCCCCACUCUGCCCCACCAGGCUCUGUCUCCUCAAUCUCUUUUUCCAUUGAGGGAUGCAUGUGUGUGAUGAGAAGCCUCAUCACAUCUGGGUUUUGCCCUGUCUGUACACUGGAUGUCUUCCUUCCAUUUUCUUGCAGUUCUUAAGCUGCUGGAGCAGCCCAGAGCUGCCAGCCAGAGCCAGGCAUCUGGGGAACAAGCAGCCAAACCCACGUGGGCAAGCCUGGACAGAGCUGCUGGGCACAGCUGCUUCCAGCCCAGGCAAGGGUGAUGCCACCUUCCCCUCACUUGGAGGACAAAGCCACCAGCUGGAAGCAGCUGUUUGUGCCACCCAGUCCCAGCAUAGGCUGUUCUGUCCAAUGCAGGCAGGGCUGUGAUGGCCACAUCAUGUCACAGGGUUUGGCUGCAUGUUGUCACAGGGUUUGUGCUGGGAACAGCCAUGAGGCUGGGCUCCUCCUCACACAGCCCUUUAAAUUGACCCCAUAUGUGCCUUAUUUUCCAGUUUGCUUUGUCACCAUUGAAAUUAGUGACUCCCUUCUGCUCCAAAACAGGAAGCAACAUAUAAUGGUAUAAAAAUUAGGAUUUGCCACAUGUCAUGCUAGGAAAUGGAGAAAUAGCUCUGAUCUCUAUCCCAAGCUCCCAGUCUAGCCAAGAUCCUAGAACUGGCUAGAAAUAGCACUGCACUUGUAUUAUGCCUUCUUCCUUCCCUCCUUUCCCCAUCCAAGUGCUUUUCUCAGCCCUCCUGCCUCCACACUCACCAGGUGGCCAGAGGAGCCCAUGCAGGUGCUGUGAUCCAGAGGCAGGAGCAGCCCUGGAGGCAAGGUGGUGCUGCCUGGAGGAAUCAAAAAAAAUCAGAGUAAAGGGAAACACAGU